AUCUCACCGAUUACAAAAGAAAACUAGGGUUUUAGAAAAGACAGGUCGGCGAUCUCGGGCAGUUCGGUCACCUGCCCGUUUUGCUAUUUCUCUUUCCCCUCUUCUUCAUCCCUCCCGCUUCCUCUCAUUCAUUCGAAAUAUAAACUCUCUCACUACACUCACACUCUCUCUCCCUAAAACUCACACAAUAUUUCAACCUCUGCGGUACUUCAAAUCUCAUCCGCGUUCAUCCAAUUUCAUCUACAGUAAGGAAAAAAUGGCUGUCGAGAUUACGCAAUUCUUGUUAGCUGCUCAAUCAGCUGAUACAAAGGUUCGAACUGACGCAGAGGGCAAGCUUCGACAGUUCCAAGAGCAAAACCUUCCUGGAUUUCUUCUCUCUUUAUCACUUGAGCUCUCGAAUGAUGGGAAGCCUAUGGAGUCUCGUAGAUUGGCUGGUAUUGUGCUUAAGAACUCAUUGGAUGCUAAAGACGCUACCACAAAGGAACACUUGGUGCAACAGUGGAUGUCAAAUGAUGCGCCUUUCAGAUCCCAAGUCAAAGGCCUGCUGUUAAAUACUCUCGGUUCAUCUGUUCCCGAAGCAGGUCACACUGCUGCUCAAGUCAUCGCCAAAAUCGCUUCGAUAGAAAUUCCAAGAAAAGAAUGGCCUGAGCUUAUCGGUUCUUUGCUUGGAAACAUGACCCAACAAGAUAAGCCGGCAUCAUUGAAACAAGCAACUUUAGAGGCACUUGGGUAUGUAUGUGAAGAGAUAUCCCACAACGAUCUUGUGCAAGAUGAGGUUAACUCUGUCCUCACUGCUGUGGUGCAAGGUAUGAAUGUUACCGAACAGAGCUCUGUGCGUCUUGCGGCAGCUACCGCGUUGUACAACGCUCUUGAUUUUGCACAAACCAAUUUCGAAAACGAGAUGGAGCGGAACUACAUCAUGAAAGUUGUGUGCGAAACAGCCAUGGCGAAAGAAUCUGACGUUAGACAAGCUGCUUUUGAAUGUCUAGUGUCAAUAGCGUCAACCUACUAUGAUGUUUUAGAGCCAUAUAUGCAGACUCUUUUUGAACUAACCGCAAACGCCGUCAAAGGAGAUGAGGAAGGUGUUGCUCUUCAAGCGAUUGAAUUCUGGAGUUCUAUCUGUGACGAAGAGAUCGAUCUUCAAGAUUUCGAAAGUGGCGAUUCAUACCCGCAUUCACGUUUCAUCGAGAAGGCUCUAUCGUUGUUGGUUCCCAUGUUGCUUGAAACUUUAUUGAAGCAGGAUGAAGAUCAGGAUCAAGAAGACGGUAUCUGGAAUCUCGCCAUGGCAGGGGGAACGUGCCUCGGUCUUGUCGCUAGAACUGUUGGUGACGCUAUAGUGCCGUUAGUUAUGCCUUUCGUGCAGGAUAACAUAUCAAAACCCGAUUGGCGAUCUCGUGAGGCUGCUACAUAUGCGUUUGGAUCAAUUCUCGAAGGCCCAAGUGUUGAAAAGCUAUCGCCGAUGGUUAUAUCGGCAUUAGACUUUCUGCUUAAUGCCAUGAAGGAUCAAAACAGUCAUGUGAAAGACACCACUGCAUGGACCCUCAGUCGUAUAUUCGAACUGUUGCACAGUCCAGCCACGGGGUUUUCCGUCAUUUCACCUGCUAAUCUUCAACGAGUUAUGGUGGUCCUUCUAGAAAGUAUCAAAGAUUCUCCCAAUGUUGCGGAGAAGGUCUGCGGGGCUAUUUAUUUUCUCGCUCAAGGCUAUGAAGGUUUUGAAACUGGCUCCUCUGUUCUCACACCGUAUCUUCCGGAUAUCAUAACCGCGCUUAUAUCAACCGCUGAACGAACAGACGCUAAUGAUACAAAGUUAAGGUCUGCUGCUUAUGAAACCUUGAAUGAGGUGGUUAGAUGUUCUAAUAUAGCUGAAUCAUCUCAAUUAAUAGCGCAACUUCUUCCAGUUAUCAUGAACAAACUGGGACAAACAAUCGAGCUUCAGAUUCUAUCAUCAGAUGAUAGAGAAAAACAAGGAGACCUGCAAGCUUUGCUUUGCGGUGUCAUGCAAGUAAUUAUUCAGAAACUUAGCGGUACUGAUGUAACUAAGCACGUUAUAUUACAAGCUGCGGAUCAGAUCAUGGUGCUAUUUCUCAAGGUGUUUGCUUGUCGUAGCUCAACUGUACAUGAAGAAGCAAUGCUUGCCAUUGGUGCUCUUGCGUAUGGCACUGGACCGCAAUUCGAGAAGUACAUGCCGGAGUUCUACAAAUAUUUGGAAAUGGGUCUUCAGAAUUUUGAGGAAUACCAGGUUUGCUCCAUCUCUGUUGGUGUGGUUGGUGAUAUAUGCCGGGCUUUGGAUGACAAGAUGCUACCGUACUGUGAUAAUAUCAUGACGCUUCUCCUUAAGGAUCUUUCUAGCGGUGACCUGCAUCGGUCUGUUAAGCCUCCGAUUUUUUCGUGCUUUGGUGAUGUGGCACUUGCGAUUGGGGAACACUUUGAAAAGUAUGUUUCGUAUGCAGUGCCGAUGAUGCAAGGUGCUGCCGAAGUGUGUGCACAGAUAGACAAUACGGAUGAAGAGAUGGUGGAGUAUGGUAAUCAGCUGAAGAGAAGCAUCUUUGAGGCGUAUUCAGGUAUCUUACAAGGGUUCAAGAGUUCAAAGGCUGAGAUCAUGUUGCCUCAUGCUCCACAUCUUUUGAAGUUCAUAGAAGUUGUUGUUAAGGAUGCUAACAGAGAUGAGAGUGUGGUGAGAGCGGCAGUAGCAGUGUUGGGAGAUCUUGCGGAUGCACUUGGUCCAAAUGUGAAGGUGCUAUUCAAAGAUAUGGCGUUCUGUAGUGAGUUUUUGGGAGAAUGUCUUCAGUCUGAAGAUGAACAACUCAAGGAGACUGCUACUUGGACCCAAGGGAUGAUUGGGCGUGUGUUUUCGGUACGUGGGUAAAUUUGGUAAUCGAAGCAUACGGCGCAUUUAUAUGGUACAAGUUUAGUUGUCUGGGUCAAGGUUGGGAAAUGUCAUAUGUUAGUCAUGAGUGUUGACUGUCUUUUUGUACUGAUUUUAAGUACAACUUUUGGGGGAAAGGUCAUUGUGUACAAGACUUGGCCACUAUUACGGUGGCUGAUCAUUUUUAUGAUUUUUUCUUUCGUUGCAUCCUUUGUCAUGUUAUGAUGUCUGUCCCAUGAAAAUUUUGAGAUUUCCUUUUAAGUUUUUCUAGUAGAUAUUGAA